AUGUGCCCUGAUAUUGAUUGGUCUUUUCGUCCAACAUAUUCGCCAGAUCAACUGAACCACUAUUUCGAUCGGAUCAAUUUCCCUCAGAAGUAUCGGGAGUCGCCUAUAGUUAAGAACGGCGCAACUAUCAACAACCAAGUCGCCUUAUCUUUCUUGGAGGUAUUACAGCGGUACCAGCUAGCAGCUGUGCCCUUCGAGAACCUUGGUCUCCAUUACUCGGCGCACCGCAAUAUAUCCAUAGAUGCCCAGAGCAUUUUCGAGAAAACCGUGGACGGCAACUCCGAUCGGGGCGGCUACUGCAUGGAGAACAAUACCCUGUUCGGGACCGUCUUGCGCAGUUUGGGAUACAAUACCACUUCAGUCGGAGGUCGGGUCAAUGAAGCCGUGCAGCCUAUGUCAGCGUCGAAGGACUGGAAAGGCCCUAAAUACCAAGGAUGGAACCAUAUGAUCAAUAUUGUUGCCAUCGGCGAACAGAAAUACCUCAUAGAUGUGGGUUUCGGCUCCAACGGUCCGCACCGGCCCAUUCCAUUGGUCCAUGGUUUCGGGUUCUACAACGUCGGCGAACAGUCCGGGCGGCUUCUCUACGAACCGAUCACUCAACAAACGCAUAGGGGCGAGCCUCUUUGGCAAUACGAGAUCAAUCACGGGAACGGGGCAUGGAUACCCGCCUACUGCUUCACUGAGGUCGAGUUCCUUCCUGAAGAUUUCACAAUCAUCAACUACUACAUGAGUCGAAGCAGGGAGAGCUGGUUUACUUUCCACGUCGUGUGCGUACGGAUGCUCCUGGACGAGAAGGGCGAAGCCAUUGUUGGCGAUCUGACGCUGUUCAAUAAUACGCUGAAACGGCGUAUUGGAGCAACAUCCGAGGUGUUGCAAUGCUUUGCCUCCGAGGGGGAGCGUGUGAUGGCCCUACAGAAACAUUUUAAUAUACAUCUCUCCGGGGUGGAUCUCGCCAGUAUCCGCCAUACUGUCUCUGAGAUUCUGUAG